CAAGUUACGGUUUUAUAUUUACAUUUCAAAGAAAAUUGUUGUAAUGAGUGGUGUUCAAGAAACUUCGUGCAAGCUUUGCCUAAAAACUAUAACCGUUGAAGGUUUUGAGGUAAUAAACAACGUUAUUAGGGAUAUUUUAGAUAUUCUUUUGCUGAAAUUGAAAUUUGAUAGCGAGGGCAACGAGGUUAUAUGUAAUGCCUGCAGAAGAAAAUUAUAUGCGGCAUUAGAAUUUAAGUCAGCUUGUCUGAAGACCGAUUACACAAUUAUUCCAUAUUUGGAUUGUGAAAAAAUGUUAGAGCUCGAUAUAAGAGAUGUGUAUACGAAGGAAAAGACAAGCGAGUCAAUGGAUAUUUCAGAUGGUCAGAAAAUAUGUCGAUUGUGUAUGGAGCCAGUAGAAAGUGAGGUUAGGUGCAUACGUAAAGAGGAACUCGAAGCUAUCGAGAAACUGGCUCCUGAAUUGAUUAUAAAUAUCAUCAAAGAUCCCGUUGUAUGUAAGGAAUGCUUUGAGUCUGUGUGCAUCCACAACAGUUUCCUAAAAAAUUGCUCAGACGUACAGGAAAAAACUAGAGGUAUUUUUAAUAGCGCAGCGGCAGAAAGUCAGAUAGAUACGUCGCCAUCCGAUUUAUUCCUUAAGACUGAAAACCAGGACAUAGAAUUCGAUAUCAACGGGAGGGAAAUGUCAAUUAAAGCUGAAAGUAUCGACAUAAAAUCGGAAGAUGAGGAAAGGAGUGACUCGCUACUGCAGAGCUCCGAUAGUGGAUCAUUCAUGAAGAGUGUCCUUAGAGAUGCAGAAGAGGAUGGAUGUAAACAUGAGAAUAGAUUGACAAAUGAAUGUAAUACGAAAGAUAAGCAGGAUGACAAAGUAUUUUACAAAUGUGAUAAAGGUAUUUACAAAACUGGAAGCGAGAGCCGUUUUAUAGCACACCGUGCGAGACACGAGAACGGUUCGGAAACAUAUAAAUAUGAAUCGUGUGAGUCCGAAACAGAAAAUAACAUUGUUCAGGAACAUCAAUUGGGACAUAAAGAUCCUUCGGAAAUGCGUAAGCACCGAUGCGGAUCAUAUGAUUACAAGACAAAGCACAAGUGUGAGCUUGCUAAGCACCAGGUGAAACACAAAAGCGCAUCCGGAGGACGAUUGUGUGAGUGUGACUUUUGUGAUUUCACAACAAAGCGGAAAGUCAGUUUUAAUAUUCUUUAUAUAAAACACAAAAACUCAAACAAUCGUGUAGAAUGUGACCAUAAAACCAAAUACACCGCAUUACCGAAUAAUGACACUUUACAACUGCCCAUUUAUAAAUGUGAUGACUGCACAUACGAAUCAAAGAAUAAGGGAAACUUUACCACACAUCAGUUGAUACAUAAAGAUCCUUCGCAGAUGCAAAUGCACAAGUGUAAGGACUGCGUUUAUAAAACUAAAUACAAAUCUAAUAUGAAUAAACACCAACUGAAACACAAAGAUCCUUUGCAGGUUCAAACGUACAGGUGCAAUGACUGUGAUUACAAAACUAUAUACAAGUGUUAUAUGAAAAAACACCAACUGAAACACAAAGUUCCUUUGCAGGUUGAAACAUACAGGUGUAAUGACUGCGGUUACAAAACUAUACACAAGAGAUAUCUCAAAUCGCAUCAACUGAAACAUAAAGAUCCUUCUCAGGUUCAGAUGUACAGGUGUAAUUACUGCGAUUUCAAAACUAAAUACAAGCAAUUUGAUUCUUCGUAA